UGCUGUUUUGAGUAUUAUAAGCAAAAAAUAUAUAUUGUAAAUGAAACAUCUAGAACAAAGAAAAGAGUGAAACAUUCAAAGUGGUUUUCUUGGUGGCGGCAUUGUGGCUGGUCGUCAUUUCCUGAAACACCCAAAACUGCAGCAGAAUUGCUUAAGUUAAAAUCUUUUCCGUCCGUUCAGUUCCCCUCAUUCCCAAGUGAAGAAUGCAGAACUUGGAACUUCACCUGUUUCUCUGGUUGACCACAUUGACGUCAUCAUCAGAGGGCCAAGCUCUCUUAACGGCAACACUGACACUGAGGGAUCACAGGUAUCCUCUGUACGUUGGAGAAGACGUGACUCUGAUCUGCACUAUUGAGGGCAGUGAUACAGGCCUGACAUAUUACUGGAUGAAAGAUGAUCAGAGGAACUGGAGAAAAACCAAUCAAAACACGAUGACACUCCAGUCUGUGACUAAAUCUGACAGCGGAUGGUACCAGUGCACUGCCUACAGAGAUGACUACCCCACUCCUGUUCCCGUCUCCACUGACAGUAAUGUUGUUAUCCUGAGCAUUCGUGAUUAUUUAAAGGCGACACUGAGACUAAAGGAUCAGAGGUAUCCUCUGUAUGUUGGAGAAGACGUGACUCUGAUCUGCAGCAUUGAGGGCUAUUAUGCACGGUGGACAUAUUACUGGACCAAAGGUCAUCAGACAGACUGGAGAAAAAGCAUUAAAAACACGAUGACAAUCCCGUCUGUGACUGAAUCCGACAGCGGACAGUACCAGUGCACUGCCUACAAAGAUGGCCCUACUUCUUUUCCUGUCUCUACUGACAGUAAUGUUGUCAAAUUGAGAGUACUCGCCAUCCAGUACAGACAGAGCGGCAGUAGAUAAACUGGAUGAAUAUCUCUGUGAACUGUGUCAGCAGAUUUUAAUCAGAUAAGAUUGUCUCUUUUAAUUUUCUGCGAGUUUAUUGAUUUGACAUAUUGAAGGAAUUAUGGUGCAGAGUUGAAGAAUAUGCUGCAAAUCUCACAAUGAUGAGAAGUUUCUAAUUAAUUGCUCUGUAGAUUAAACUUUAGUAACUGGAGUGUUCGAUUAGCUUCAAUGACGUCUGUGUGAUUUGCAGAGUACCAACACUACGAGCCUGUAUUGAAAAUAGAAAUUAUAGGCCAGUGACAGGCAACACUACAAUAAAAAAAUUAUAGUGUUUCAGUGUAAUACCAAGAAUGAGCUUUUGUGAAGAUUUUAAGAAGUGUGUUUUGAAUGUUGAUUGAUGAAAAGUGCCCAUA